UUUUCAGCUUCAUUGGACUGAUUAAGAACCCAUGGGAUGAGAGGGAGAGCCGGCCAUUUUCAUUCCGCCUCUAGCUUGGCAAUGGCCGCGAGGGUGUGGAGCGUGCGAGCGACCUGGUGCUUCACCUGAUCACCGUGCGUGCGUGCUGAAGCAUCUGAUGCGCUUGCGCAGUUGCGCUGCGCAGCAGGCCAGGAGCUGCUCACCGUUGUAUAAGAAGCGUAUCAGAAGCAGUAAAUAGCCCUCAAGUUCAGGGACAAGGUUCCGUUCCUCUGAUCUGCACCCAGACAUUCUGAGCUGGUAUUUGCAACUGGUACCUCUGUCUAUCGAAAAAAACUACAGAACGUCAGGAAUCGUCGAAAAUCGCGAGCUAGCAAUGGACAACCACCCGCUGCCCUACACCACCCAGCCAACGGCGACCGGCGCGGUGCCCGGAGCCCCAGUGCCAGGCGUUCCAGGGACACCGCCGGUGCCGCACCACCACCUGCUCCAGCAGCAGCAAGCCCAGCUGCAGGCGUUCUGGGCGUACCAGCGGCAGGAGGCGGAGCGCGCGUCGGCGUCGGACUUCAAGAACCACCAGCUGCCGCUGGCGCGGAUCAAGAAGAUAAUGAAGGCUGACGAGGACGUGCGCAUGAUCUCCGCGGAGGCGCCCGUGAUGUUCGCCAAGGCCUGCGAGCUCUUCAUCCUCGAGCUCACCAUCCGCUCCUGGCUCCAUGCCGAGGAGAACAAGCGCCGCACCCUGCAGCGCAACGACGUCGCCGCCGCCAUCGCACGCACCGACGUCUUCGACUUCCUCGUCGACAUUGUGCCAAGGGAGGAGGCCAAGGAGGAGCCGGGCAGUGCAGCCCUCGGGUUCGCCUCUGCCGGAGGGGUCGGCGCCGGGGGCCAAGCGGCCGGGCUGCCGUACUACUAUCCGCCGAUGGGGCAGCCGGCGGCCCCGAUGAUGCCGGCCUGGCAUGUUCCGGCAUGGGACCCGGCGUGGCAGCAGGGAGGGGCGGAUGUAGAUCAGGGCGCCGGGAGCUUCGGCGAGGAAGGGCAAGGGUUUACGGCGGGUCAUGGUGGUUCAGCUGGCUUCCCUCCGGGGCCUCCGAGCUCCGAGUGAUCGCUGCAAGGCCGUAGCUAGUCUUGAGCUGUACCCGGUGUGGCACUCUUUGGAUACUGUACGCUGUUUACCAUGGCACACAGGGGGGAAAUAGACGCGAAGUGAUGUGUAACUUUGUAACAAUUUGUAAAUUAUUAUAUUCCAUAAGAAGAGAAAGUAUCACGUGUCUCCUUACACUAAA